UGCGGGAGGCAGGAACCCGGAGAAAAGGUGUAGGGGGGCCGGGACCAGCAGCCUCCUGAGUCCGGGGGCGGGGCAGGGAGCGCCCGGGCUGAGGCGGCUGGCGUCCGAUGGAGUGCUAAAGCGGGUCACGCUUCCUCCUUCCCUCCCCGCCCCUUCUUCUCCUCCCACCUGGGCCUCUGCGUGGAGACGCGCACCUGGCAACCGGCUGCCGUGCUCCGCCGCGUCCCCGCCUCCUCCGCUCGGGCCCGGUGCCCCGAGCCCGACCCCGGCCCCCGGCGCUCGUCUCUCCGCCGGCGCCGCGCUCGCUGGAGGCGGCCUCGAGCGCUCGCUCGUUGAUGCCGUUUUGGGGGUGACCCGACGCGGCGGCGGUGCCUCCAUGGUGGGGGCGUGUUAGUGGCCGCGGCUCUGCCGGACGUCGAGUGCGCGGCUGCGGGGUAGCCGAGCAGCCCGUCAGUGAGACGCCGCGCGCGUUUCGGGUUUCGGGGCGCUGGAGGAGGCCGCCACGGCCGCGCGGGAGCGGGAGAUGUUGGAGCUGAGGCACCGGGGAGGCUGCCCUGGGCCCGGGGGAGCGGUGGCGCCGCCACCCCGCGAGGGAGAGGCGGCUGGCGGCGACCACGAAACCGAGAGCACCAGUGACAAAGAAACAGAUAUUGAUGAUAGAUAUGGAGAUUUGGAUUCCAGAACCGAUUCUGAUAUUCCAGAAAUUCCACCAUCCUCAGAUAGAACCCCUGAGAUCCUCAAGAAAGCUCUGUCUGGUUUAUCUUCCAGGUGGAAAAACUGGUGGAUUCGUGGAAUUCUUACUCUAACUAUGAUUUCAUUGUUUUUCCUGAUCAUCUAUAUGGGAUCCUUUAUGCUGAUGCUUCUUGUACUAGGCAUCCAAGUGAAAUGCUUCCAUGAAAUUAUCACUAUAGGUUAUAGAGUCUAUCGUUCUUAUGACCUGCCAUGGUUUAGAACAUUGAGCUGGUACUUUCUACUGUGUGUAAACUACUUUUUCUAUGGAGAGACCGUAGCCGAUUAUUUUGCUACAUUUGUUCAAAGAGAAGAGCAACUUCAGUUCCUCAUUCGCUAUCAUAGAUUUAUAUCAUUUGCCCUCUAUCUGGCAGGUUUCUGCAUGUUUGUGCUGAGCUUGGUGAAGAAACAUUAUCGUCUGCAGUUUUAUAUGUUCGCGUGGACUCAUGUCACUUUACUGAUAACAGUUACCCAGUCACAUCUUGUCAUCCAAAAUCUGUUUGAAGGCAUGAUAUGGUUCCUUGUUCCAAUAUCAAGUGUUAUUUGCAAUGACAUAACUGCUUACCUUUUUGGAUUUUUUUUUGGGAGGACUCCAUUAAUUAAGUUGUCUCCUAAAAAGACUUGGGAAGGAUUCAUUGGCGGUUUCUUUUCCACAGUCGUGUUUGGAUUCAUUGCUGCCUACAUGUUAUCCAAAUAUCAGUACUUCGUCUGCCCAGUGGAAUACCGAAGUGAUGUAAACUCCUUCGUUACAGAAUGUGAACCCUCAGAACUUUUCCAGCUUCAGAGUUAUUCACUUCCUCCCUUUCUAAAGGCGGUGUUGAGACGGGAAACAGUGAGCUUGUAUCCUUUCCAGAUACACAGCAUUGCUCUUUCAACAUUUGCGUCAUUGAUUGGCCCUUUUGGAGGCUUCUUUGCCAGUGGAUUCAAAAGAGCUUUCAAAAUCAAGGAUUUUGCAAACACCAUUCCUGGACAUGGCGGAAUAAUGGACAGAUUUGAUUGUCAGUAUUUGAUGGCAACUUUUGUGCAUGUGUACAUCACAAGUUUUAUAAGGGGUCCAAAUCCCAGCAAAGUGCUACAGCAGCUGUUGGUGCUUCAGCCGGAACAGCAGUUAAAUAUUUACAAAACCCUCAAGACUCAUCUAAUUGAGAAAGGAAUUCUGCAGCCCACCUUGAAGUUAUAGCUGGGUCCGGAAUGGGAAGGACUGACAAUAAGGAAUUCUACAGAAAAGCACUGACAGAUGAAAUUUUGUAAUUGUACAGAAAACUGGUUGAAAAUGCAAUGGAUUGAAGUUUUAAAGACAUGAAUGUUUCUUCUCUAAAAUUACUGUGAAUAUUUAACCAACACUUGAGCUAAGUUAUGAAAUGAGUAACAAGUGAUCAGCAAAAGAUCCUGUACUUUUUUCUAAAGAGUAUUUUCUGAUGUAAACUUCCUUCCCCUGACUUGCCUAGAUUUCAUAAUGUAAAAGACUUUGUGUUUUAAAGAGUCAGACAGAAAAAGAGUAAAAAUUGAGGAUGUCUUAAGAUUGCAUCUGGCAUUGUGCCCUUUGCACAAAUAUUUACUUUUGUACUUGGAGCUGCUCUUAAUUUUAACAAAAUGUUUUAUGUAAGGCACAACAGGAAGUUAGUUCUCCUGUACUUCCUCCUCUUAGUCUGAAGUUGCUUCUGAAGGGCUAAGUUGGAUCCAAAAAAAAAAAAAAAAAAAGAAGCUUGUCUGCUUUUCAAAGAAGUAAUCAUUUGCCAGGGAAAAACAUUCCACUUUUCGGUAGGUUCAAAAAGAGCAGACCUCAAACUCCUGAUAAAAUUGUUUGGAAAAACAUGACCUUGCAAAAAAUUUUCAAGAAAAACAAAGGAGAAUUGUGCUAUGAAGAACAUCAUGUACGCAUCCUCCACAGAUGACAGGAGCUCAGGAGGCAGCAUAAGACAGUGAUGCGUGACAACAGGCCACCUCUUGGUCGAAUUCUCUGCUUUUCCUCAUUUCCCUCUAAACUGAUUUCCAUCAGUUUUGCAGCCUCAAGCACAUACGAUCGAUAUAGAGGGUGGCAAGUAGGGGUGGAGGCUGAAGCACAGAGGGGGUGCAAGAGUAGCCCUUCCCCAGAUUAGGGUCUGCCCACUUGUGUCCUGGGUGCCUCCCUGCUGGUGCCUGUGAAGCCCCCCGGACACUCACCCGGGAAGAAGAAAUCUGCCUGGAGACCCAAUCCCUGACGAACUCUGUGGGUACAGCCAAUCUUUGUUCCGUUCCUCUUUCACAUCAUGUCAUCAAAUCCGAGGACAACAGCUCGUUAUUUUUUUCUUCCAAGAAUGAAAAUCAAGCAGAAGUGAUUCUCAUCUUCAGAACAGAAAGCACAUGAAUGCCAAACCUUUCCUUUGUUGGACUGGACACUGUAACCGGAUAAGAAAUGUGUUGUCAUCAGUGAAUGUAAAUAAGCUGCUGUUGCUGUGUGCUCUCUAUAUCCGUAUUUAUUGUAUUGAACAGUUGGCAUUAAACCUUCAGAAGUUGCCUAGUGCUCCUUGGCUAACUGUUCAAAGAGGAGAAAUAGAUAUAUUUUCAAGAAUGUUUUGCUAAUGAAAAGAGUACUAUUUUUGUUUAAAUCAGAAAUAAAUUUCAAUUAUUUUAUAUUUCCGUUCUACUCUGAGAUAAAAGAUAACGUAUCUGCUUGGGAUCCCUGGAUGUAAAUCUAUAACUAGCAGCUUCCUCCCGUGCACCACACGAUUAUAAUAGAUAGAAUUAAACUCCGUACCAAGAGUCUGGUUUUUUGGUUUGGCGUGCGUGCGGCCAGUUCAUCUGCCCCGGAGGUGCUCAGUCAGUGUCAUUUCACUCUAUCCUGUAAGAACCUAGCACUGGCACUGGGAAUGUUAUUACAGGAGGGAAUUUUUCCUUUCAAAGGCUACCUACAAGUUCAUGUUUAGCAUCUCUCAUUUGUAUUUGCCUAAUUAAAAGCUCCAGAUGUUGAUCCUAAAAGAAUUUAGAGUAACAAAGUUUAAAAAAUAAAAUGAAAAAAUUUGUAACAGGAACUUUGAAAACUUGGUGAUUGCCCAAUUAAGAACUGCUUGGAGGCACACAGUUCCUUCUGCAUUUUUUUUUUUUAAAGUGAUGGGUGAGGCGCUGCGAUACAGAAUUAUAAGAGCAUUACUGAAUACACGUAUUAUAAAAUCAAUAUUAUAAACAAAAUACUAUUAACAAUAAAAUAUUAAGCUAGAAAUAUUUGGGGUCACAGUAAUAGCUUCCCUCAAAUAUGGUUUUAGAGGUGGGUGAACAUUAUUCUAUGUGUGAAAAAGUAAAUUCUUUAACAGAGCUCUAAAGAUUGACCUUUUUAGUGUACUUUUGUAGCAUGUAUAUUAAAAUAGAAUAUAUUUUAGCAAGAGAUUGCCAUAAAACCCUGACUUCGAUAAUUUUUAUACUUGCACCACGAGGAGGGCUUAAAUUCCAGUGUAGGAAUGUGGUGGCAGAAAAAGACGACUAGGGACUUCCUUCACAGUAAUGGCUAAUUGUUCCAAAUCUGCUAUCUUUGGAGGUACUCUAAUUGUAUUAAUUGCUUGACUUUUUAACCUGUGGGAUGCAAAUAUUUCCUCAGUGCUUUUCCCGUAGUGGUGGUGCAUAUACAUUUACUGUCUGUGAAUAAAAAGACCACACCCAUAUCCCACCCCACCCCCCCCCUUCCUUGGUACUUUGGUUUGAACAAAGUAUCACUUUGUUCAGUGAAAAAAAAAAAGAAACUGGACAUAUACUGUAUAUGGGUGGGAGAUAGCUUAUGAUUUGUGUUAAUAAGUUCUCUGAAUCUUUUACUGAAACUGAGAUAGGAAAAUAAAAUUGAAACAAAUCACA